AUGCCUGUCGAUAAGAUCCGUGUGUCGGGUGACCCCCGCAUUGAGUAUAAGACCGCCACGCUGAAUGGCCGUAACUACUCUUACAUUCUCAGCCAGCCAAAAUCCGGCCAGUACAAAACUACUGUCAUCCUUAUCCAUGGCUUCCCCGACCUUUCAAUGGGCUGGCGCUACCAAAUCCCCAUGCUCGUCGACAUGGGCCUACGAGUUGUAGCCCCAGACUGUCUCGGAUACGGACGAACAGACGCGCCCGAUGACUACACCCAGUACUCCCACAAAAGCUGCGCAGCAGAUAUCAAAGCCCUAGCAAGCCACCUAGGCGAGAAACAGAUUAUCCUAGGCGGACACGACUGGGGCGCGGGACUCGCUUACCGCGUCGCUCUCUGGCACCCAGAGCUCGUCAGUCACCUGUUCACUGUCUGUGUGCCCUAUGCGGCGCCCACGACAAAGGACGUCUCGCUGGAGGACAUGGUUCGCACCGUGACGCCGCACUUUGCUUACCAGCUGCAGUUCAAGAGCGGGGAUUUGGAGAAGGUUAUUCGGUCUAAGGAGGAGAUUAGCCAGUUCCUGCUUGCGCUGUAUGGGGGUCGGACGGAGCAGGGGAAGUUUGGGUUUGAUGCGACCAAGGGUGUGGAUGUUGAUAAGAUUGGGGCAUUGAAGAUUUCGAGGUUGUUGAGUGAGGAGGAAUUGGAGUUCUACUCAAAUGAGUUCGCCAGGAGCGGUGUUCAUGGACCGCUUAACUGGUACCGCACUCGGAAGGUGAACUACAAGGAUGAACUUGAGAUCCUCGACAGGAAGAUUCAGGUUCCUACGUUGUUUAUCCAGGCUUUGAGGGAUCAGGCUUUGCCGCCUCAUUUGGGCAAGUCUAUGGCGAAGCAGCUCCCGCGUUUGACUCUGAAGCAGGUCGAUACCUCGCACUGGGCUCUGUGGGAAAAGCCUGAUGAAGUCAAUGCUAUUCUCGCGACUUGGUUGAAAGACCAUGUUUUCGCUGAUGGAAGGGCGGGUAAGCUUUGA